GCCGUGCGGAAUAGAGGGACGGUCUCUGGGCGUGCAAUCGACGGUCGAUUUGGUGUCAUUCCCUCUGGUCUCGGUUCUAGAGCUCCCUCGGAUUCUCGGUGGGAUGCUGGAGAUUUGCUUCUUUUAUUCGCUGUCUCUCUUCCUUUUUAUUCUCGUCUUAUCGUCGCGGUGGGGUGGGGGGGUUCUAUAUCUUCCGUUCGUCUCCCAAAUAUUAUAUCCUUCUUCCGCCUCUUCUCGGCGCCUGCGUCUUCUUCCGUGGCUGCUAUUCCGGAUAGAGGGUGGGAUAGUAAUGUCGUUGUCCAGAGAGCGUGAGGAAGCGGGGCGGGAGCUCCACGUUCUGGCGGUCGACGAUAGCUCCGUCGACCUGGCGGUGAUCGCCAUGCUUCUUAGGAGCUCUAAACACAGAGUGACGACUGUGGACAGCGGCAAAAGAGCAUUGGAGCUCUUGGACUUGGAGCCAAAUGUUAAUAUGAUAAUUACGGAUUACUGGAUGCCGGAAAUGACAGGUUAUGAUCUCCUCAAGAAGAUUAAGGAAUCGUCAGCGCUGAAGGAAAUCCCGGUGGUCAUCAUGUCAUCUGAGAACGUUCCCAAUAGGAUCAACCGGUGUUUGGAGGAGGGGGCAGAGGAUUUUUUGCUCAAGCCCGUCCGGCCGUCGGAUGUGUCUCGGGUGUGCAGUCGCGUGAUCUGAUCAAUGGCCUUUUGUGUUCGUGGAUGAUUGGAUGGAUAAACCCCUUGAGUUUUUUUUUUAGUUGUUCCUUUGAACAUAAGCCUCUUUCUUCUCCUCUUUCUUCUCCUCUUUCUUCAGAUAAUGACAGGAAAAGAUACAUGUUCACUUUGGUUUUAUUUUUUUUAUUUUUUUUUUAAGCGUUGGUAAUUUUAGCUGUGGCUUAAUGUCAGGUAUUUCUCUUGAUGUGAAGGUGAAUUUUUCCGUUUUUUUUUUCUCUUCUCUAUUGGAUAAUGACAUCAAGUGAUCUCUGAUUCAUCGGUAUAAUUUGAAGCAUCGAUUGCUUUUGA